AUGGCUCCUGUGACACGGUCGCGGACCCAUUCUGUUGAUUCUUCUAGGGCGGGUGCCCUGUCUUCAAGAACAACUAUGGAGGUGUCCGCUGCAGAUAACCUCGCUAACGUCCUAUCAGACAUGGAUGAUAGGGCUACGAUCCAUGCGAGGGAGGCGAGGACACUUCGUGAUGCCACCGUACUCGCCAUAGCGGAGGUGCGAAGAGACUCAGUGGCAGAAACAACGCGACUGACGCAUAUGAUCAAUGAAGGUAAUACUAAUUUACUUACUGAUUUGAAUACUUCUUUUGCCGCAGUGGGUGAGCAUAUUGAUUCUCUGCCCAUUGUUGCAUCGGGCUGCCCAGACGCGGUUACAAUUACGCCGUUCGUCUGUUCCUUUUCUCUGGACGACCUCUCACAGUAUGAGAUCGUCGCGGCGCGCGCUCGCAAAAAUGUCUCCUCUGCGAUGCGCUUCUCAGAGCCCCCUGCGUCGCUGCAUGCUCGCGAGCAGCUAGCAGACAUCGUGCGCUGCUUUCUCCCCAUGCACCCUGAGGAGGGAAUUCUCCCUCUGAUGGUGUCAAAAAUUUCUCGAGCAGAGAGAGAUUGGCUUCAGGACCGACUCGGUUCAUUUAAUAAUUUUUUCAGGGAUCCGGUUGGAUCGAAGCAAAGGUUAGCGAAGAUCUGCAACACCGCCUGUUCGGCGCUUGCUGCGGUCAACGCGGCAGGGGAUGAUCGACGCACGCACUGGGUGCCCGGCACAGUAGUGACCCCCCUAUGGUACCCUCUUCGCCUGAAAUUGUCUCUCACAGAGAUGGCGAGCGAAGUCGGAUGGGCCCCUGGACGACAUGUCGUCCUCUGGAUACCGCGUUCAGACGGCCAUCUGUGGACGAAGGUCACAUCGGUGACAGCCGUUUCCCAGGAGAAGCUGCUCAUAAUAGUCAUAGAAGCGUUCCGCUGGUCACACAACUCGCUCACUAGCUUAAUCAGGAGAUUCGGCCGCAACAGCGAAGACGGACGCGUCAUCGACCUUUGCGUGCGGCUAAGCAAAUCCACCAUCGCAGCUAAUCCCAUCUACGACGUGGUGUCACGCACUCGCAUCUUUGAGGGCCUCGUUCGAUCUUCCAUCGGCGACCAGAUCGUAAACACCCUACCUCCACAACCUCCCACCAUCCUCGGAGGCCCCCCUGUCGAGGAAGCCAUUCGACGUGACAACUACACCAUCAGAUAUAUUUUACAGCUGAUCAGUACUACCCUACUGAAGACUGAGCAAGUCAAAGUCACAUCAUAG